UUGGGGAAGUAUACAGGGCUUUAACGUAACUGAGGAGGGCUCUCUCUCUCUCUGGAAUAAUUAAGACAAAGUAAAAGGCGACCAAGGAUAGAAAUAUUGAGGAUACGAGAGGUCCCCUCGGUGAAGAAAAACGUUCAAACUUGAAUAGCGCUACCAGGACUUGAAUCGUUUUGGGCACAGUAUCCGAGACGACAGACUUGAACUGUGGAAGUUGGGAUACGUGCACACAGCGGAAAAUAUACAGCUGAGCCUGCGCUACAACUACUAGCCACACGCUAAGCGGCACAACUAGCCACAUAGCUAACUGUAACUGAGCUGUGAACUUGCUUUGAUAUCACGGGGCUUGAAAUCCAGAUACAAGCCCAGGCUCUGUGAGAAUCCAGGGACUUACUUAAUGAAUUAUGUCUGCCACAAGCAUUGACCCUCAGAGAUCAAAGGGACAAGCAUCCAAAGUGCAAAAUGGUUCACUGCAUCAGAAGGAGACUGUCCAUGACAAUGACUUUGAGCCAUACCUCACUGGUCAAUCUACUCAGAACAACAGCUACCAGUCUAUCACCGAUCCCUACCUGUCCAGCUACUACGCCCCUUCUAUUGGCUUUCCAUACCCCCUCAGUGAGGCACCUUGGUCCACAGGCGGGGAUCCCCCUAUUCCAUACCUGACCCCAUAUGGACCUUUGAGUAAUGGAGACCAUCACUUCAUGCCGGAUACAGUGUUUGGUCAACCAGGGGGUCUGGGAAGCAGCAUCUACCCCCACAGGUUUAACUUUUUCCCUGAAAACCCUGCCUUCUCUGCUUGGGGUACGAGUGGCUCCCAAGGCCAGCAGACUCAGAGUUCAGCCUAUGGAGGCAGCUACAGCUACCCUCCCAGCUCCCUCGGGGGCACCCUGGUGCCUGAUGGUCAAACGGGCUUUCACAGUGACACCCUCAACAAAGCCCCUGGUAUGAACAGCCUGGAGCAGGGUAUGGUUGGCUUGAAGAUUGGAGGGGAUGUCACUGGCCAGGGGUCGGGAGUCAAAGCUGUAGGAUCUGUGAUUGGUGGACCUGCUGUGGCACCCACAGGGAAUGGAGCCACACCUAUUGGAAUGCCUCCACCAAAACCCACCUCCUGGGCUGCAAUUGCAAGCAAGCCUGCCAAGCCGCAGCAGCUCAAAGCUAAGGUGAAACCAGGGAUGCUCAAUCCAGGGGGGGCUCUUCCCCCUCCACCCAUCAAACACAACAUGAACAUUGGGACCUGGGACAAGGGCCCGGUGACUAAAGUAGCCACAGCUGCAUUACAACAGCAGCAGCCUCUCAGCCUGCCCCAUGGAUUGCCACCUCAGCCCCCCAUGCAGCAAGGACCCAUGCAGCCUCCUCCUCCCCAGUCUUUGGUGCAGCCCCAGAUGCAGCCUAUGGCCUUACAGCCCCAACCCCCUCAUCACCAGCACCAUCAGCAACCACCUCAUGCCUACCAAAACCACACCCAGCCCCCUCAACCCCAGACGCGCUGGGUCGCCCCGCGUAACCGUAACCAAGGCUAUGGACAGGGCGGCCCUGGCCAAGACGGUAGUGGUGUGAUGGGUACGGUUGGAGGUGGAAGCGCUGGCCCCCAAUCUUCUGCCAACCAGGGACCUGGUGUAGAGUCCCACCCAGUGCUUGACAAGCUGCGUGCCUCACAUAGUUACAACCCCAAGGACUUUGAGUGGAACCUGAAGAACGGUCGUGUUUUCAUCAUUAAGAGCUACUCUGAGGACGAUAUCCAUCGCUCCAUCAAGUACUCGAUCUGGUGCAGCACGGAGCAUGGCAACAAGCGCCUGGACUCAGCCUUCCGGGCCAUGAACGGUAAGGGCCCCGUGUACCUGCUGUUCAGUGUCAACGGCAGCGGCCAUUUCUGCGGUGUGGCAGAGAUGCGCUCGCCAGUGGACUAUGGUACCAGUGCUGGUGUUUGGGCGCAGGACAAGUGGAAGGGCAAGUUUGACGUGGACUGGUUGUUUGUUAAGGAUGUGCCUAACAGCCAGCUGCGCCACAUCCGCCUGGAGAACAACGACAACAAACCAGUGACCAACUCCCGCGACACCCAGGAAGUUCCUCUGGAGAAGGCCAAGCAGGUGCUAAAGAUCAUCGCCACCUACAAACACACCACCUCCAUUUUUGAUGAUUUCUCCCAUUAUGAGAAGAGGCAGGAAGAGGAGGAGGAGGUGCGGAAGCAGACUUUUGAACCGCCUCAGAUACAGAACCGCUCACGGUUGGAUCAGGAGCGUCAAAACAGGAAUAAACAAUAGAAGACAUUUAUCCUUGGCUUGAUCAACAGUUACACUAGGACGUUUGAUUUAAGAGACAGAAGAAUAUGAAAAUGCAACCAUGCCCUUCAUUUUCAGUUUAAUCCUGGUGAAUCUCUGCCAUUGUCAAGACUUGUGCUUUUUUUGCCCCAUGUACCACCCACUUCUUGUGCAGGGAUAAUAAGCUGAUUUCAUGUAUUACGUAGCCACCACCACCACACUCUUUAGUUUGGGGUCUUUUAAAAAAAAAAAAUUCUUCCCGUUCCAUCUCGUGCUCUUCUCUCACCAGACUGGUUUCCUGUCUCCUGCCCCCACCCCACCUCUUUCCAAUUGAAUCAGGGUUUGACUGCACCAUGGAGAAAAAUCUGCCACUUUAUAUUUCAGUACAAUCAGGAACGGAUGUGUCCUGCCCCUGUGUGUCCAUUAGGGGGCAACAUUGCCAUGCUUCAGAGGUUUAACUGUGCCAACAGGGUUGGAGGAUCCCAAAGGCAAUGGACUUGGAGCUGUGCGAUAAUAAAACUUCACUGGUUUAUCUAUUUUUCAUUCAGAUCAACAAAAUCUCUAUUUUUUGGCUUACUACUGACAAUUUCAUUUCAGAAACCUGUUUUCUGGAGCCUUAAUGUUUUUUUUUUUCUAAUUAUUGGUGACUCAAAAGAACUGCUCAAACAGUGACACUGCUGGAGAAAUCAGGGAUAGUGUGAAGUCACACGGGACUUGAGACAUUUCUGAGGAGGAAUUGCAAAGGCCUCUGGGAAAGAAAUAACGGAUGUGUCCUCCACAACCAGAACUCUUACCAUUUUAAGUCAAAAAUUGUACUAUUGACAUCCUUCACACCCCUCUGCUUUGCUUUCUUUUGAUGUCUUUCUUGAAGGGGUCUUUCGUAUGUUUCAUCAGGAGAUUCUGCUUGUGUACGCAACCCAGUCUGAGAGAAUUGUCGCAUCCAACAUUUUUAAAUUGUUUUAUAAUCAGAAAUGUGUAAUGAUGUAACUACUACAUUGAAUGAAUUGUUGCUUUUGCUUUUUUUGUUUCACAGAAACAGGGGGAGGGUUCAUGUUUUUGUCCAUUCACCAUCAUUCUGUCUUAAUCCUCUUGUUUUUCUUUUUUUUUUUUCCUCAAUUUUUUUUUUUUGCUAAGUCUGUCAUGUUGGUCGUAAUGCUAAGCUUUAACGUAGGAGCCUAUAUAUUCAUGGAGAAAGCCUAAAAAAUGUAUAACCUAAAAUUAAUGUAACUGAUUUACUAUCAAGUAAGAAAAAAUUAAGAAUGAAAUGUGGUUUCUGUGUGUUUUUUGGUUGUUGUUGCAAACAUAAUUUGAUCGAGACUGAAAACCAUUGAUUAUGACUGACUUUCAGGUCUGUUAACAGAAAAAGAGAUUAUAUAUUAAAAACACAGUCACUCACAGAUGUGUGUUUGCCCGUGCAUGACAAGCUACAGAGGGUCUGCUGGGAUUGUUUUACUGUCAUCCAUCUUGCAGUUUUUUUUUUCAUGUUAUUUCAGAAUCUUAAAAGCUCCAGUAUGCUUUAUUUGCCCAGAUCGGUAAGAAAAAAAGGCUCUGAGUAUUUGUCAUAAGGAAGCUGCUAGAUAUUGCUGUCAUUUAAUGUAGAAGAAUCUUUUCUCCCUUUGGCAGUUUUAUUUGUCUGUGUAAAGAUUUAAAUCAGAAGUAUCUUUGUUUUCAAAUAUGAAUAAUUCACAACUUUUUGUUUGCAAUAUUUUACUUGAAACAGACAGAAAGUGACAGUUGAAAAUGUUUAAUGUGCCCUGAACUCAUUACUUUGGCAGAUUAUGUGAUAGAAUUUAUGUAUCAUAUAAUCUGCUUUGAUUCUGUGAGAUUAUUUCCCUGCUGAGAUGACAGAAGUACUGCACUUUGCUGAGGUCACUCGAGUGAGUAUGAUUGCGCACGUCACAAGUUUCCAAAAGCUGCAUUGCCCCCCCACUGGCCAGUGUAUCCCCUGUAAUCUAAAGAACUGACCUCUUACCUUCCUUUUUUACCUGCCAUAAUUAAUAGCUAGGUUGAUUCAAGCAAUAUGCUGAAGGCCCUUCACUGUUUGCCUUCACCGCACGCCGCUCUCUGACCAUCAUAGAGUCAGGGGGGGAGCUGCCAAGCUAAAGGACGCAACAGAAGAUGAUCUCUCUUUGCCUCAGGAAGCAUGAGCUGGUUGUGAUCAUAGUGCAGAGAUUGCGUGCACGUUGUCAGAUAAUGUAUGUUGCAAUAGAGGGAUGUCAGAUUAGCCUUUAAAGUAUAUGUAUCUACACUACAAAAGGGUUAACAUGAAAUAUUUAACAUUGAUUACUUUUAGACUUCAGUUGUAGUAGGCCUAACUUGUUUAAAAGAUCUAUCUUGGUUUUUCUUUAUAGAAGAAAUCAAGCCUUA